UCAAAAUUUUCAAAAUCCACAAGUCUGAGAAAAGCAUAAACCUGCAACGGUCUCUUUUAUUUUCUCUGGUAUCUCUCUCCACCUUUUGCUUCGAACAUAGAUCCUGUUACCUUCUCAUCUCAAAGCCUUCUUUUCAGUCUCCCAAUUCUAUUGCAAUAUGGAAAUUUUUCUACCCCAAAGCCUCGGUUCAACGAACCCCUGUCCAAUUUUUGUCCCCAGUAGCCAUUUUUUACUCGAUCAAUACACAUUUGUCUCACAUUCUCCUUGCCAUUGUCGCUCAUUUUCCCAAGAAACCCGGAUCCAGAAAUCGAUUAUAUGUGCAAGAAACAAGAAAAGGCAGCAUUUGUCUGCAAGAUCAAGAAAGUUGGUGAUUGAAUCAGCCUAUCUGAUUGCAUCAAGACUCAAGAUUUUACCAGAGCCGUUGGAUUAUUUGAUCAGGGAAUUUGGGAUUGGCGGUGCAAAUGGAGGUGGUGGGUUUCGGGCCUUCUGGAAAGGGUCCGGAUGGGGAGGUUUUGAUGGGUGGGGAAGGGGAAGAGGAAGGAGGAAGAAAAGGAGUUUGGAAUUCUUGGCCAUUUUGGUAAUUUCAGGUAUUGGGUUUUGGUUGGUUUUGGGCAAACAAUUGGAUGCUGAUCUUUUCUUGGGGUUUUUGGGUUUGGUAUUGUUUGGACUUUCAGUGGAUGGUUGGAGGAAUGGGAUCAAGGAUUGGGCUUUGGGCUUUUGUUGCUGUGCUUUUCUGGUAGGUUUGGUUUUGAGGAGAGAAGAUUUUCCAGGAGGGGCCAAGAGUUUUGGGACUAUGAUUCUGAGUAAAAGAAGAAGAAAAGGAAGAGUUUUCUGAGGAUGGGAGCUGUGCAGUUUAGAGCUUUUAUUUUGUGGAAAUUUUGUUUUGAUGAGAUGUAGUUUUAGUGGAAUAUGAGAGUUCCAAUUUGAGAAAACUAUGUGUUA